CUAAGGUUUACAUGACACGCAGUUUCCCUCCACUCGUCACAGAGAACGCUUGUCAACAAAAUGGACUACGCCAAAAAUCCCGCGAUUAAAAACUUUGUUGAAUAUUUGCAAAUACCAAGCGUCCAGCCAAAUGUAAAUUAUGGCCAGUGCGUCAGUUUCUUCAAGAAGCACGCUGACGAGCUUGGACUGAGCUUCAAAGUGAUAGAAUUGGUGCCGAAAAAACCGAUCGUGGUGCUAACAUGGGCGGGACAGGAACCGCAACUGCCGUCGAUACUGCUCAACUCGCACAUGGAUGUCGUUCCCGUUUUCGAAAAAAGCUGGACAUACCCCCCAUUCAGCGCCCACAUAGACGGCGAGGGCAGGAUCUAUGCGCGCGGCUCGCAGGACAUGAAGUGUGUGGGCAUGCAGUACCUGGAGGCUGUGAGGCGGCUGAAGGCUGAAGGGGUUAAGCUGAAGAGGACCCUGCAUCUGAGUUAUGUGCCAGAUGAGGAGAUUGGUGGCCAUGAUGGUAUGCAGAAAUGGGUGUUGACGGACUCUUUCAAAGCCUUAAACGUGGGCUUCGCUCUGGACGAGGGUUUGGCUAACCCCACCGAGGAGUUCGCGUUAUACAACGGGGAGAGGUGUAUCUGGCAGAUGCACGUACACUGCGCUGGUCAGCCGGGCCACGGGUCGCUCCUGCUGCCCAACACGGCGGGAGAGAAGCUGCGCAUCAUCAUCAACAAAUUCAUGACGCUCAGGGACGAACAGAAGAAGAUCCUAGAUAGUGACCCCAAGCUGACCAUCGGUGACGUCACUACUGUCAACAUGACUCAAAUCUAUGGUGGUGUGCAAUCAAACGUUCUGCCGGAAAAGCUAACAGUGGUCUUCGACUGCCGUCUAGCCGUCACGGUAGACCACGUGGAGUUCGAAAACAUGGUGAAAGCCUGGUGCAAGGAGGCCGGGGAGGGAGUGACGUAUGAGUUCGAGCAGAGGAACCCACCAGUUGCGGUGACGAAGACCGACACGUCCAACCCUUACUGGGUAGCGUUUAAGACCGCUGCUGAUGAGAUGAACCUCAAACUGGACAUCCGCAUCUUCCCCGGCGCGACGGACAGCCGCUACGUGCGGCGCGUCGGCAUCCCCGCGCUCGGCUUCUCGCCCAUGAACAACACGCCCGUGCUGCUCCACGACCACGACGAGUUCCUGCACGCCCACGUCUACCUGCGCGGCAUCGACAUCUACACCAAGCUGAUACCCGCUGUUGCCAACGUGUAGACGUUCAGGGCCGGUUUAAGAACUACCAGCGCCCUGGGCGAGAUUUCUCCGGCGCCCAGGGUGCUGGUAGUGCUUAAAAAAUUGGCGCCCCGUUUGUUUCCCUUCAACACCCCUUUUUAUCUGGCCCCCUGGGCGGUCGCCCAGCGUGGCUCCCCCCCUAACGCCGCUACCAAUAGGCAGACGAACACACUUUACAAAAGGCCUCGUUCAGAUUGAUGUAAUCCGUACACAGACCGUGCAGACCAUAAAAUUUAUAUACCUAGCGGAAUAGAGCAACAAUCUCGAGCUGUCAACGAAACGGA